AGGGGCACCGGACGUGGGGAGACUGCGCAGAAGCCCACAGGCCUGUGCUCCCGGCUCCCAGCCACAGACCCAGGAAGAUGAGGCUCGCCGUCCGCGCCCUGCUGGCCUGCGCGGUCCUGGGGCUGUGUCUGGCUGUCUCCCCUGAGAAAACUGUGAGAUGGUGCACUGUUUCAAAUCAUGAGGCCAGUAAGUGUUCCAGUUUCAUGGAAAAUAUGAAAACUGUCCUUGAAAAUGGUCCUUUUGUCAGCUGUGUGAAGAAAACCUCCUACCUUGAGUGCAUCAAGGCCAUUUCGUCAAAUGAAGCAGAUGCUGUGACACUGGAUGCAGGCUUGGUGUUUGAGGCUGGCCUGACUCCCUACAACCUAAAGCCUGUAGUGGCAGAGUUCUAUGGGACAGAAGAUGAUAAAAAAACCCAGUAUUAUGCUGUGGCUGUGGUGAAGAAGAGCAGUGACUUCAAACUGAAUGAGCUCAAAGGCAAGAAGUCGUGCCACACGGGCCUUGGCAGGUCUGCUGGGUGGAACAUCCCCAUGGGCUUACUUUAUUGGAAGCUGCCUGAGCCACGUGAAUCUCUUCAGAGGGCAGCGUCCAAUUUCUUCGCGGGCAGCUGUGUUCCCUGUGCAGAUCGGACAACCUUCCCCAAUCUGUGUCAACUAUGUGUGGGGAAAGGGACGGACAAGUGUGCCUGCUCUAACCAUGAACCAUACUUCGGCUACUCAGGUGCCUUCAAGUGUCUGAUGGAUGAUGCUGGGGAAGUGGCCUUUGUCAAGCAUACAACAGUGUUCGAGAACCUGCCAAACAAAGCUGACUUGGACCAAUACAAGCUGCUCUGCCCAGACAUGGAGAGCAUGUCUGUAGAUAAAUAUAAGGACUGCAACCUGGCCCAUGUCCCUUCCCAUGCUGUUGUGGCCCGAAGUGUGGGGGGCAAGGAAGACUUGAUCUGGGAGCUUCUCAACCAGGCCCAGGAACAUUAUGGCAAAGACAAAUCUAAAGUCUUCCAGCUCUUCAGCUCUCCUUUGGGGAAGGACCUGCUGUUUAAGGACUCUGCCAAAGGGUUUUUGAGGAUUCCCCCUAAAAUGGACACGUGGCUGUACCUGGGAUAUGAUUAUGUCACUGCUCUUCGGAAUCUAAGGGAAGAUACUUGCCCGGAUACCCCAAGGGAUGAAUGCAAGAAGGUGAAAUGGUGUGCGAUAGGUCACCACGAGAGGGCCAAGUGUGAUGAGUGGAGUGUAAACAGUGAAGGGAAAAUAGAGUGUGAAACAGCAGAGUCCACUGAAGACUGUAUCGCCAAGAUUGCGAAAGGAGAGGCUGAUGCCAUGAGCUUAGAUGGAGGUUUCAUCUACAUAGCGGGCCAGUGCGGUCUGGUGCCUGUCCUGGCAGAGAACUACAACACUGAGGGCUCUGAAUGUAGCAGCACAGCAGAGGAAGGGUAUAAAGCUGUGGCUGUAGUUAAGGCAUCAGCAGAUGAAACCCUCACCUGGAAUAAUCUGCAAGGCAGGAAGUCCUGCCAUACCGCAGUAGAUAGAACCGCAGGCUGGAACAUCCCCAUGGGCCUGCUCUACAGCAGGAUCAACCACUGUGAAUUUGAUAAAUUUUUCAGCGAAGGCUGUGCCCCUGGGUCUCUGCGAAACUCCAGUCUCUGUGCUCUGUGUAUUGGCUCAGCAAAUGUUCGAGGAAAGGAGUGUGUUCCCAAUAACCAUGAGAGAUACUAUGGCUACACAGGGGCUUUCAGGUGUCUGGUGGAGAAGGGAGAAGUGGCCUUUGUGAAAGACCAGACUGUCAUGCAGAACACUGAAGGAAGGAACACUGAAGAUUGGGCUAAGGAUCUAAAGGAAGAAAACUUUCGGCUGCUGUGCCCUGAUGGCAAAAGGAAGCCUGUGAGAGAAGCUAAUAACUGUUUCCUAGCCAAGGCCCCUAAUCAUGCUGUGGUCUCACGGAAAGAUAAGGCAUCUUGUGUUAGGGAAACAUUACUUGAGCUGCAGCCUUUGUUUGGAGGAAACGGAAACGACUGCUCGGGCAAGUUUUGUUUGUUCCAGUCAGAAACCAAGGACCUUCUGUUCAGGGACGACACAAAAUGUUUGGCCAAACUUCCAGACGGCACAACAUAUGAAUCUUACUUAGGAGCAGACUAUGUCAGGGCUGUUGCUAACCUGAGACAAUGCUCCACCUCGAAACUCCUGGAGGCUUGCACUUUCCACAGAUCUUAAAAUCCAAAAGGUGGAGCUAUACCAGAUGGAGAAGGGAGCUCUCGUGACCCAUAAGCUUCCCUCUGGGUCUCACCAGCCUGAGUGGUUUGUUUGGUUUCACAGUUCAGCGGUGGUACCUCUGUAGAAUAUAAAAUAAAAAUUAUUAUUGGUGUUAUCUUUUAAAAA